AUGGGUAUUUGUCCGGAUGCUCAUCAUGGACAAUUAGCGAGUAGUUCUAGUCACAUCACUGAGACCGCUAUGGGCCAUCCAGGCUUCAGUAAUAAUCAAAAUAUGACAAAACUGCUGAAAAACGGAGAUGAGUUCAAUCAAUUCGUCAGAAUGACCGAAUAUGCUCUGGUGCAUUUCUCUGCAAAAUGGUCGGAAAUAUGUGAGCAGCUCAACAAUUUGUUAUUGGAAUUUAAAGACGAAUUGAAAUGUUUUGAUUUUGCUGCAGUUGAAGCAGAAGAUGUUGCUGAAUUAUCGGUUGCGAAUAACAUUGUUGUAGCUCCAACCAUUCUUUUUUUCAAGAAAGGGAAAGAAGUUGAUCGUUUACAAGGAUUCGAUCCGGGUGAUUUAAGAAUAAGAAUCAUCAAGCACAAUUUUGUUGAAGGCGUUGCUAGCAUGACGAAAAAAUUAAUUACUGAUGAGGAAAAUAAUAUGAAUAAUAGGAUGAAAUCAUUGGUCCUUCAAUCUCCUCUCAUGCUUUUUAUAAAGGGAACACCAGAUAACCCAAAAUGUGGAUUCAGCAGUCAAAUUGUCAGUCUUUUACGUGAAGUUAAUGCAGAUUUUUCAAGUUUCGAUGUACUGGAAGAUGAUGAGGUAAGGCAGGGGUUAAAAGAAUAUAGCCAUUGGCCCACAUUUCCACAGCUUUAUUUGAAUGGAGAACUUAUUGGUGGCUUGGAUAUUCUCAGAGAAGAGUUAAAUGACCCUGACUUUCGCAGUAAAUUGCCGAAGUUGAAAAAUAAUAAUGGAAGAUUAAAGGCAUUGAUUAAUCAGGCUCCUUUGAUGCUUUUUAUGAAAGGAAGUCCUGAAACACCUCAGUGCAAAUUCAGUAAAAAGAUUAUCAAGCUGUUGGAUGAAGUUAAUGCAACUUAUUCAUUUUUUGAUAUUCUGAAAGAUGACGAGAUACGGGAAGGAUUGAAGAAGUAUAGCAACUGGCCAACCUAUCCGCAACUGUAUUUGAAUGGUGAAUUGAUCGGCGGUUUGGAUGUGGUAACAGAGGAACUGAAAAAUCCGAAUUUUGUGGAGAAACUACCUAGAGAGAAUUGAUGAGCGUGGUUGAUUAAUUUCUUCUGUGUUAAUAUUGACCAACUGUUCUUGAUCUUUUUUUUUUUGUAUAUUAAUUGCUAAUUAAUAAACAGUUGCCAUAACGUUCAUUUUUUCGGGACAAAAGUUGUAUUUCGACAUUGUGCAUUUUUCUUUUUAGUGAAUCUUAUAUCUUCUUACUGAUUAUAGAUAGACAAACAUCUCCAAUUAUUGUCCCCUUUAUGAAUUCAUUACCUCGAAAAUUUUGGUCUUUCAGAG